AUGCAACGAACAUUAUUAUUUAAAUUUAUAUUGGCAUUAAUCAUCUUAAUAUCUUCAUCGUAUUGUGAGGCAUUUGAAUGCAAUAUAACUUCUAAUAUUCUACAGUGUUCUAUUACAAAUACUGCUGGUAUUUUGGAUACGCUUCCGUACAAUUUAACCGCUUGCAAUUCAAUUAGUAUCAUUUAUAGUGGACAAACUACUUUAAGAAUAAUAUCAGCAUCAACAAAACCGAUUUUUAUACAGCCUGUUGAUACAACGAAUGGUCAUACAGUUCAAAUAUUAAGUAUAGAUACAAAUGCUUCUCGUAUAGAAAUAAAAAUUGUUCUUCUAUUUAAUACAACAACACCACCAUUAUUCACAACAAAUAGUCGUAUAACGGCACUGAACAGCAAUAUAAGUGUUAAUGUUGCAGAAAACUAUAAUGAUGCAUCAGCUUUUCAAAUAUUCACCAGUUCAAAUUCAUCUAUGUUUAAUUUUGCUAAUUAUGAAAUAAUCUUUGAUCAAAUCGGUACAAAAUCUAGUAAUUUAUAUUUGCCUAAUCUUAUUGGUCGAAUAACAAACGUUAAAAGUAUAAUGAUAUCUGGCAAUAACCAUUAUCUUAUUGUCGACGGUACACCAAUGGUACAAUUUGAUAAAGUUACUCAAUUAUCAUUGAAAUAUCUUCGAUUAUAUGAUCAAAUUCUUGAUUAUUUUCCUUCUUUACAAGUAUAUUCUAUUGCUGAAUGUCAAUACAAUAGGACCGCACAGUUCUUAAUUUCUUCGAGAACUUUUGACUUAUCGUUAAAAAUGCAAAAUAAUAUUCCUAUCGACUCCACUUUACCAAACAAUGCUGCAGCAUUUCAAAAUCUUGCGCAAUUAACAAGUUUAGCUCUUAUUGAACCAAAGCUUAAUUCUUCAUGUUUACAAGCAAUCCAAACGAAAAAUGAACUUAACAAUUUAUUACUCAAUCUUGGUUCAUAUGCAAAAUCUGAUUUUAAUUCCUGGAUUACUUACAAGCCACUUGUUCAAACAUUAACGAUUAAUAAUAUUUCAACUUUAGAUAUAUUUGCAUCAAAAUUUUUCAACAAAUUUCAUAGGAUAAGUCAAGUUAAAUUGAAAGGUGGAUUCACAUUAGAAAAAAAACACAUAUGUAUAUUUUAUCGUAUGAAUAUACAGGUACCUACAGUACUCCCGAUUGUAGAUUUAAAUAAUGGACAAUUAGCAGUAGGAAAUGAUCCAUGUGCCGAUAUUUACAUAGCAGCUAUCAAUCAAAGAACAACUAACAAUGUUCAAUGUUCGCCAUCAAAUACCUGUGAUGACUGUAAACAAUGGGCUAAACAAGCAGCGUUAUGUGGUCUUAUUUCAUAUGAAAAUAAUUGCGCCGGCGACACAUCUGUUGUUGGCAAUGGUAAUCCAUUUACGUAUAAUGGAAGUUAUCUAUACUAUUUUUUUCAAAAUAUUUCAUGUGCAACGAGCCCAACAGUGACAGGAACAUCAGAUUCAGUAAAUAUUGGUGCUAUUGUUGGUGCAGUAUGUGGUCUUUUAAUAGCUCUUAUGAUUCUUGCCAUAACAGUAUUCUGUAUUUAUCGAUCUCGUCAAAGAGAUUCAGCCAAAAAUCUCUCAUCAUUACAAGAAAAAAAAUACAAACUAUCAUCAUCGGAUUCAACACAUGUGUCAAUUGCAACAAGUAAAUCCUCAAAAUCAUCACGUUAUGUACUUGAAAAGUCGUUUUUUCCUCCAAUUCAAUCUAAUGAUGAAAUUGCACCACCGCUUUAUACGACACCAUCUGAAUCAGUUGGUUAUUUAUCUAAUUAUCAAAUGCCACCAGUACCAAGUGCACCUCGUGCAAGUGUAUCAACUCAUACAACACAUUUAUAUGAAACACUUGACACUUAA